GCCCUCCGCACCAUGCGGCUGCCUCCGCCGCCGCCGGCGCGGCUCCUCCUCUCCGCCUCCCGCGCGGGAGCGCGCCCCGCUCCACUCCCCGGCCGCCUCCUGCAGCAGCAGCAGCAGCGGCGGCGGCGGCGGCGGCGCUGAGGGAGUUGCGCGGGCUCUGCCCGAUGUGGCAAGAAGCGAUGAUGAUGAGGAGGAGACGCCGCUACCUGCUGGAGCGGGCAGAGCAGGCGGGCGGCGGCGGGGCGAGCGGCGAGCAGUCCCGCUCUCGGGACUGGCUCUACGAGUCCUACUACUGCAUGAGCCAGCAGCACCCGCUCAUCGUUUUCCUGCUCCUCAUCGUGAUGGGCGCCUGCCUCGCCUUGCUCGCCGUCUUCUUCGCCUCUGGGCUGGAAAUUGAAGACCACGUGGCAUUUUUAAUAACUGUUCCAACGGCCCUAGCAAUUUUUUUCGCUAUAUUUAUCCUUGUAUGCGUAGAACCUGUAUUUAAGAAGCUUCUUCGUGUAUUUUCUCUGGUGGUCUGGGUAUGUCUUGUUGCCAUGGGAUAUCUUUUUAUGUGUUUUGGAGGAAUCAUCUGUCCCUGGGACCAGGUAUCAUUUUUCUUGUUCAUUAUUUUUGUGGUGUACACCAUGCUGCCCUUCAACAUGAGGGAUGCUAUAGUUGCCAGCAUCUUGACCUCUGCAUCUCAUACGAUUGUGCUGAGCGUCUGUCUAUCAGGUACAGAUGUAAAGGAGCACUUGGUUUGGCAGAUACUGGCAAAUGUAAUAAUUUUUAUCUGCGGGAACUUGGCAGGAGCAUACCACAAACACCUCAUGGAACUUGCAUUGCAGCAGACAUAUCAGGACACAUGCAACUGCAUCAAAUCCCGUAUCAAGCUGGAAUUUGAGAAGAGGCAACAGGAGCGUCUUCUGCUUUCCUUACUGCCUGCUCACAUUGCCAUGGAAAUGAAAGCAGAGAUCAUCCAGAGGUUACAAGGUCCCAAGGCAGGCCAGCUGGAAAACACCAAUAACUUCCACAAUUUGUAUGUCAAAAGGCACACCAAUGUAAGCAUCUUGUAUGCUGAUAUUGUGGGAUUCACUCGCCUGGCCAGUGACUGCUCACCAGGGGAAUUGGUGCACAUGCUGAACGAGCUGUUUGGCAAAUUUGAUCAGAUUGCAAAGGAAAAUGAAUGUAUGAGAAUUAAAAUCCUAGGCGACUGCUAUUACUGUGUUUCUGGACUACCUAUAUCUCUUCAAAAUCAUGCCAAGAAUUGUGUGAAAAUGGGACUGGACAUGUGUGAAGCCAUUAAGAAAGUGAGAGAUGCAACUGGAGUUGAUAUUAAUAUGCGUGUAGGAGUGCACUCUGGGAAUGUGCUUUGUGGUGUUAUUGGUCUACAGAAGUGGCAGUAUGAUGUGUGGUCACACGAUGUUACCCUGGCAAAUCACAUGGAAGCUGGAGGAGUCCCAGGCCGUGUUCACAUCACCUCAGUCACCUUGGCGCAUUUGAAUGGAGCUUACAAAGUGGAAGAUGGGGAUGGAGAUGUGAGGGACCCAUAUCUGAAAGAGCAUAAUGUUAAGACUUACUUUGUAAUCAAUCCUAAGGGAGAAAAGCGAAGCCCUCAGCACCACAUUAGACCUCGACAUACUCUUGAUGGAGCCAAAAUGAGAGCAUCUGUCCGCAUGACCCGGUACCUGGAAUCUUGGGGAGCAGCCAAGCCAUUUGCACACUUGCACCACAGGGACAGCAUGACCACUGAAAACGGCAAGAUUAGCACAACAGAUGUUCCCAUGGGACAAUAUCAUUUUCAGCGUUGCAGAGAGAGAACAAAAUCACAGAAAAGAAGGUUUGAGGAAGAACUGAAUGAGAGGAUGAUCCAGGCCAUUGAUGGAAUUAAUGCUCAAAAGCAGUGGCUUAAAUCUGAAGACAUUCAAAGAAUAUCACUUCUUUUCUAUAAUAAGACUCUGGAAAAAGAAUAUAGAGCAACAACUCUGCCUGCAUUUAAGUAUUACGUGACUUGUGCCUGUCUAAUAUUCUUCUGCAUUUUUGUUGUGCAGAUUCUGGUAUUGCCAAAAACAUCUAUUCUUGGAAUUUCAUUUGGGGCUGCAUUUCUCUUGCUUUCCUUCAUUUUGUUUAUCUGCUUUGCUGGACAGCUUUUGCAAUGCAGCAAGAAAGCAUCAGCUUCAUUGUUGUGGAUCCUGAAAUCAUCCGGAAUAAUUGCAAACCGUCCUUGGCCCCGGAUCACUCUUACAUUGACAACCACUGCUAUAAUAUUGACUAUGGCUGUAUUCAACAUGUUUUUCUUGGAUAAUGCUGUGAAAGCUUUUCCCUCUGUCCUUAAUUCAUCAAAUGCAAGUUUUCCUAAUUCAAGCAAUCAGACACGGUGGUGUAUACAAAACAACUGUUUUUUCCUACCGUAUUUUGUAUACAGCUGUAUAUUAGGGCUCAUUUCCUGCUCUGUUUUCCUGAGGAUAAACUAUGAGUUGAAAAUGGUAAUAAUGCUGAUUGCAUUGGUGGGCUACAAUGUUAUCCUUCUGCACACUCAUGGGCCCAUGCUGGAUGACUACAGCAAAUUUAUGUAUGCAAUGGCACCUCUCAGAAGGCCAGGAAUACUGAAAGACCUGAAGACAAUGGGGUCGAUUUCUUUGUUCAUAUUCUUCAUCACAUUACUGGUUUUGGGUAGACAGAAUGAAUAUUACUGUAGGUUAGACUUCCUGUGGAAGAACAAGUUCAAAAAAGAGCGGGAGGAGAUUGAAACCAUGGAGAACCUAAAUCGAGUGCUCCUGGAGAAUGUGCUCCCAGCCCACGUAGCUGAACACUUCUUGGCAAGAAACCUGAAGAAUGAGGAUUUGUAUCAUCAGUCAUAUGACUGCGUCUGCGUCAUGUUUGCCUCUGUUCCAGAUUUCAAGGAAUUUUACACAGAAUCUGAUGUUAAUAAGGAAGGCUUGGAAUGUCUCAGGCUGCUAAAUGAGAUCAUUGCUGACUUUGAUGAUUUACUGUCAAAACCAAAGUUCAGUGGAGUUGAAAAGAUAAAGACCAUUGGAAGCACUUACAUGGCAGCAACAGGACUGAGUGCUACACCCAACCAAGAACAGUGUCAGGAACCUGAACGACAGUAUAUGCACAUAGGAACCAUGGUGGAGUUCGCCUUUGCCCUGGUGGCGAAAUUGGAUGUCAUAAACAAGCACUCAUUCAAUGACUUCAAGUUACGAGUAGGUAUCAAUCAUGGACCUGUAAUAGCUGGAGUUAUUGGAGCUCAAAAACCACAAUAUGAUAUUUGGGGCAAUACAGUAAAUGUGGCCAGCAGGAUGGACAGCACUGGUGUCUUAGAUAAAAUACAAGUUACAGAGGAGACGAACAACGUCCUGCAAACACUGGGGUACAUGAGCACUUGCAGAGGAAUAAUAAAUGUAAAAGGAAAAGGAGAAUUGAAGACAUACUUUGUACAUACUGAAAUGACAAGAUCCCUUUCACAAGGGAAUGUGGCAUCUUGAAGAAUGCUUGUAUGUGUCAUCGAUACCAUAUUUUCAGGAAAGUAUCACGCACUUUUUAACUACAUUUUGCCCUUAACAUGCGUGCUAUUUUCUGGUAUGUGGCACUUAUUUUAAUAUGGCUGCAGAAUAGUCCCAUGAGCCAUCAUUUUGCACCUUGAUAUUCCUAUGUUCAAGGACAUGUUGUGAUGUAAGCUAUUGGACUGGAAGAUUGUACUGCAACUUGCACUGUUACUCAAAGAAAAGAAGGAAUAGGAAUGAAAAAGAGGUAACUCAUCCUGAAAGGACUAAAAAGAAAUGUUAGGGAAAAAUGCGUGGAAAAAAGGCAAUAAAGCUAGGGGUGCAUACUAUUUUCUGAGGCAUGGUGUUUUCUGGAAAAUACAGUCGCUCCCCAAUAGCAUCUACUAAUCUGGUAUUGAAGUAUACAGUAUUUGUAAAUAAGUUUACUCUGCCCACACAUGAUUUGGAUGUGAUCACCAAUUGCAUCUCAUAGCCAGGGACACGUUGGGUGGCUUGCCGGCAUUCUUUCUGAAGAGAGAGCUAACAGCGCUGGAAUAGUUUUGUAUAAACGUGUCAAAUGUUUUGAAGCUAUUGUCUUUUGUAAGGUUAAUUCAUUAAAAGUUUAUAUGUACUUUGUCUUAC